GGAAAAUUCCGCGUUUUUGGGUUAAUUUUUCAAUAUAGGAAAAAUAUGAAUUAUAAAUACAGGAGGCGCUCACUAAGUAGGGAAAGUUACAGGCGCUAUUCCAGUACCGACCGAAGCGUUUCUAGAAGCAGGUCGCCAAGGCGCUACAGAAGGAGCGUUUCCAGGAGUAAGCGUAGUUAUUCAAAACCUAGAAGGCGUUUUUCAAGGGAUAGACGGAGUUACUCAAGUAGCUCGCCAGAUGAUCGUCAUCACCGAGUUUUAGAACGUCGAAGACAUCAUUCGCCUUCUCCUGAUAAAACUAACACAGAACCAGUUUCUGUUAAUGGAAAUGAGUCUGAAACUCUAAAAACUUCACAAAGGAAGAGAAUUCGCAACAUGUCAUGGAAGCUUCCAAAUGCGAAUGAUUUUCCUAACAAAAACAACUUUAAUCCACAAAGAAGAAAUAGAUCAAAUAAAUUUAACUUUAAUAGUAGAUUUGACCACAGUUUAAAUAAAACUAGCCUAGAAAAUUUUAGAUAUGAAUCGGACGAAUUUAAGGUCCAAAAGGAAAAAAUGAAUCAAGCUUUAAAGGAAAAAGAAGAUAGUAGCAGGGAAGCUAAAAAAUUACUUUCAGAUUACACCAAGGAACUCAAUACUCUGGUCGGAAAUUUGUCUAAGCUACCGAAGGAUUCUCAGGAGUACCAGGAGUCCAACGAGAAGAUUCAAUCGCUUAAAAAGGCUAUGAAGGACUUAAUAUCUCAGGAAAGACAACCACCUAAGAACAAGUUGAUGAAACCUCCCUUCGACAAGAAUAUUAGUUUAGAUAACAGGGAAACAAAGAUAUUUUUUCCAAAUCUUCCAGAUUGCGCUAAAGGUAAGGGUAACUUAGCCAAAUGGAUCUCUGACAACUCCAAAUUUUUACUACCCCAAAAAAUCGCAAUGUUGGCAUCACAUGGAACUACAUAUGAAGCUGCAGUUAUUGAAUAUAAAACACACGAUGUUGCACAAAGGGUGCUAAAUUCAUGUAAAUUACACGGAAUAACGGUUUCCUGGAUGCCCACAUCAGAAACAACGUCUGAAACUAGUGAUCUCAUCAAGGGAAGUGACAGUGUUACAGAGGUCGACGUCGAUUUUGGUUUCAUGGAGGAAUAAACUCGUUUUCCCACAUCGUCUGUAAAUAUCAGAAAUUUUGAUUUAU